GUCAACACGACGCCGAUGGCGUAAACAGACGCUUUUGUUUUGUUUUUGCCAACAGCUGGAAGCGUUCGAUUUCAUUCGCUACUCACGAAUUAGUGUUUAUAUCUCCUGCAAAAUGCAGGAAUCCGCUGAGUCGUCCACUCCGCGGCGCAGUUCCCAGGAUGAAGCGGAAACUGUCCGAGAGGCAACCCCUUCGCCGCCAGGUCCACCCGAAGAGCAGUGGCGAGAAGCGAUCCGAGUGGCGGAGAGCCUUGAGCGAAGUCGCCAUGGAUAUAAGGUUCGAUUGGAACGAUCCAAAACCAGCCGGAGCAAUCCGUACAGCAUAAACCGCCCAAAAGCAUCGCUGGUGUCGCAGUUCCUAAACGCGGCCAUGGUGAACAACACCGAGCUGCUGCAGAACAUGAUCGACAAGGGUUUCAGUCCGAACACGCGAGAACCGACCUUCAACCGGUCGGCCCUGCACAUUGCCGCCAGUCGAGGCUUCACGGACACGGUGCGGGUGCUGCUGGAGAAUGGGGCCAAUCCGAACAUCCGGGAUUUGAACGAGAACACUCCGCUACAUUUGGCGUCCUGUACGGAGAACAUGGCGCUCAUCGAACUGCUGCUCAAAGCGGGUACCAAUGUGACGCUGAAGGACUCCAAUGGACUGAUUGCGCUGGAGAUUGCCAUCGGGAAGCUGCGGUUGUCCGACCGGAUUAUAUCCAAGAUGCAGAAGCUGACCAAGAGCGACAUCCACACGCACCGGAACAAUGUGGUUAAGGUUUGCGAGAUGAUUUUCGAGGUUUUCAAGGAACAGGUCCGUCGGGGAGGUUUGCUGUAUUUGGACCCGAGCGAAGCGGCCCACCGCUACCAGCGACGACUGGAGGAAAUGCUCGAAGAGUUCGAGGAGCAGCUCGGCCGCAUCAAGGGCAGGAGUAUCGAUUUCGACGCCAUCGUGGACCAGGUGGAGAACAUGACCAUCAAGAGCGAAAUCGACAGCGAUGUGAACUCGCUUCUGUCCACCCUGCAGAAGUUGGCAGUUUGAGCACGGUCGUGCGUCGUGGAAUAGAGUGGAAGGUUUUAAUCGGUUUCAAACAUUCCAAAGUGUUCGUGCGGUUUUCGUUUCUUCGCUAGUCGAAUAAUAAUCAAAUAUUUAAGAGUUUUUUUGGCAGCUGACCUGUGCUGCAAUAUUUUAACUUAUUUAUCAGCUACUCGAGGAAUUUCUUUUGUGUUCUAUGCAACAUGUAGGUAAGCUUCUCAUGUUUUCGAACGAUUUAGCAUAAGUAUCUUUUCUGUCAUACACGUAGAUAAGAGUGGAAUAAAUUAACAUACAAAAAUA